AUGAACUCGAUACUCUCUCGCUUCGAUCAGUCCGCCAGCUCGUCCUUAGCGGGCUCGAGUUCCGCGCCGGACCACCAGCUCAUGGGCGCACCGGGUCAAUUCGACCUUCCCAACAUGGAUCCGGCCACCUUCCUGUCGCAGUACACCGACGUCGACUCGUCCAACCCAGCUGCCAAGAUCAAACUCGCUCACGGUACUACCACGCUCGCUUUCCGUUUCCGCGGCGGUAUCAUUGUCUGCGUCGACUCGAGAGCCACGGCUGGCUCGUACAUCGCCUCGGGCACCGUGAAAAAGGUCAUCGAGAUCAACCCAUACCUUCUGGGAACCAUGGCCGGUGGUGCCGCCGACUGUCAGUACUGGGAGACCUACCUGGGCAUCCAGUGCCGCCUGCACGAGCUGCGCAACAAGGAGCGCAUCUCGGUCGCCGCCGCCAGCAAGUACCUCAGCAACCUCGUCUACAGCUACAAGGGCAUGGGUCUCUCCAUGGGAACCAUGAUCUGUGGCUGGGACAAGACCGGCCCCGCUCUUUUCUAUGUCGACUCGGACGGCACGCGUCUCAAAGGUGACGUCUUCAGCGUCGGUUCCGGUUCCACAUUCGCCUACGGUGUGCUCGACCAGGGCUACAAGUGGGAUCUUUCGGACGAAGAGGCGCAGGAACUCGGUCGACGCUCCAUCUACGCUGCUGCUCACCGCGACGCUUACUCGGGUAACACGGUGAACCUCUACCACGUCCGCGAAAACGGUUGGGAGUUCAUUGCCAACUACGACGUGUCCAAACUGCACUACGACGGUCCCGGCGACGAUGUCCCCGGUGCACCAGGCGGAGGGUAUGGUUGGGAGGUGCGAACCAAGGGUCUUUCUUCCAAGCUUGAAGCACAGCCGGGUCAGAGCGUCAGCGGCCAGGGCGGACGUUUCGCUGACGAACAGCCACUCGCUGCUCAGGUCCGACCUGAACAAGCAUGA